CGACCGCAGAAGCAGAAACAGGGUCUUUCAUACUUGUUUGGCGUAGGGUGGCAUCGUACUUGAUCUUUGAUACUCCCGUCUCUCUGCAAUCGUUUUCCCUCAUUGAAACCCUCUUGGAUCGCCUUCACAGGACAUACCCCGCCGCCCACUUCAUCUUCGAGAAUUGAUCGUCCUAGGCUUCUCCUACCCACCUGCACACCUGAACUGAAGUACCCCAAUUUUCCAGUCUUUUUGGCCUCAACUAGCAAAACAAAUUCAUCAUGGAGACUCUCAAAGCAGUCUUCUUUGGUCCCGAUCCCCAAACACAGAUGCGUAAAUGUAACCAGCUCAUUCGCGCAAAUACUCGUCAAUUAGACCGGGAUAUCGCACAACUCAAGUCACUUGAUGCCAAGACAAAGCAGUAUAUUGUGUCUGCCUCGAAACGGGCGCAGCGGAACCCGUCCCAUGCGAAACAGGUUGCCGUCGAAACCAAAACGUUCGCCCGGGAACUCGUGCGGAUCCGAAGACAAUCAGCCCGUCUAGCAACGAGCCGCGCUCAGCUUCAGAGUGUCCAGAUGCAAGUCAACGAAGCCUUUUCAGUGCGAAAGAUCCAGGGCAGUCUACAAAAGUCCACCGGGAUCAUGAAAGAUGUGAACACCCUGAUCCAUCUGCCGCAGCUAUCGGCAACCAUGCGUCAGCUCGCGACAGAGCUAGUAAGAGCAGGUAUUAUCGAAGAAAUGGUGGACGACGCCAUUCCGAAUAACGAGCUACUGGAAGAUGAAGAGCUGGAGGCUGAUGAGGAAGUGGAUAAGAUUCUGCAGGAGAUCCUACAGGGCAAGCUAUCGCAGGUCGAAGAAAUCAAAGCACCAACCGUGGAGGAGCCUCAGCAAGCCGAAGAGGAGUUCGAGGACCAAGAAGCCGCUCUGGAGCAAAUGCGAGGACGUCUAGAGGCCCUAAAGAGCUGAAUUAUCACUGCUACUAUACCCUACCAAGAUUUGGUUCAUUGUUCAGGGAGGCGGAUAUUGACACUUACAUUUGAUUCUCUUUGUGGUAAAUGGAGUUUGGCAUGGUAGAGCGCUUACGACUUUUUCCUCGUCCUUUUGUUUCCUUUCCUUUCUUUUUCUUUUCUUUUUUAUUUUUUAUUUAUUUUUUUUCUUGUCUUCUUUGAACACUCUGCUAAGAGGCUGGCCUUGGACUCAGAGUUCUGAACAGGCUGAGAUGCUCUUUCACUUCCACUGUCCCCGCUAGUAUAGAUGAUGAUGAUGAUAAUGAUGAUCAUGAUUUACCGAAUUGGGUGGUCCAGAGGCACUUCCAAAGGAUUUAUGAG